AUGCCUAGGCGCGAUCCAGACGAAGAGUACACCAUACUCGAAAAACUUGGUACUGGAUCUUUUGGAACUGUUUAUAAAGCCAUAAAUAAUGAUACCAAGCAAAUAGUUGCCGUCAAACAAAUUGAUUUGGAAGAUUCUGAUGAUGAUAUUAGUGAAAUACAACAAGAAAUCGCGUUAUUAUCACAAUGCGACUCACAAUAUAUCACUCGUUAUUAUGGCUCGUUUGUCAAAGGGUUCAAAUUGUGGAUCGUUAUGGAAUACCUUGCCGGUGGAUCAUGUUUAGAUUUAGUGAGUAUUGCUGCACUAUACGAUACUUCAAAUUUAUUCAAAUAUCAUUUGUUCAUUAGUAUUUCUUCACAGCUUAAACCUGGUCCAUUUGAUGAAAACCAUAUUGCUAUUGUUAUACGUGAACUUUUACAUGGUUUAGAGUACCUACAUAUUGAAGGGAAAAUACAUAGGGAUAUAAAAGCUGCAAACGUCUUGCUUUCUGGCGAAGGCAAAGUAAAACUAGCCGACUUUGGUGUCGCUGCUCAACUUUCAAAUAAUAAGAGCAGAAGAAACACUUUUGUCGGAACACCCUUUUGGAUGGCUCCAGAAGUUAUUCGACAAGCUGGAUAUGAUCACAAGGCCGAUAUUUGGUCUCUUGGGAUUACUGCAAUUGAAAUGGCUAGGGGAGAACCUCCAUUGUCUGAAUAUCAUCCAAUGCGAGUUCUAUUUUUAAUCCCAAAAGCAAGGCCUCCAGUACUGGAAGGAAACUUUUCAAGCGCAUUCAAGGAUUUUGUCAGUUUAUGUGUGAUGAAGAAUCCAAAUGACCGACCUACUGCCAAAGAAUUAUUACGACAUCGUUUUAUAAAAUCUGCUCGCAGCACUGCACAAUUACAAGAGUUGAUUGAACGAUAUCAUAAUUGGAAAACUAAAGGCGGAGAAAAGACCGAAUCUACGUUUAAAAAAACUGCGACUGUUAAUUACGAUCCAUCAAGUAUUGUUUGGGAUUUUGAAACAAUAAGAAAAGUACAUCAAGAUGGCACUAUUCGCUUGGAUCAUAUGACAGUGAGAGAAAUGAGAAGAUUGGAACGUAAUUCAUCUGUUUCGGUUUCAUCAAAUAAUAUUGCUACUAUCAAGUUGUCCAACCUUUCACGUGGGAACGUUGAAGUCAAUGCGUUAGGUAUUACGGAGGCACAGAUUGAACAAACAGCUGCUAAUGAUAAUAACAAUGGCACAACAAAUUCUAUAAAUAUGUUGAAUGAAGAGCUUGAUACUAUACGGGCGCCUAGGCCAUUUAGUGUCAGUAAUAGUUCUUUUUCAAGGAUCUCCAGAAACAUUUCAACUGUUGAGCCAGUGACUGAAGAAGGGGUAGUCGGAAGACAACUCGUAAAUGACAUUAUCCUUCCUUCUGUAGCAAAGAUCAAAUCGAAUGAACUGAGAGCGAAUGAAAUUGAGGCCCUGAGUUUAUUUGAAAAAGGUGUUGAGGAACUCGAUCAUGUUAAUCCCGACUUAGUCCUUACAACAUUAGUAGAAAUAUUAAACAGAUUAAAAACCAAUGUUGAAAUAUGUGACAAAUUAUCUGAUCUGGGUGUUGUUUCUGAUGCGUUUUUAACAACUCCUGAACUUGUAAUAGAUGAAGGUUCAUCAUCGUCAUCUAAUAAAAAUUCUACUGAAAGUUCGCUUGAUACACCUGUGGAAGAGAAUCCCCCAAAGUCUCCAAUAUCAGAAAUGUUAUAUAUCAGGUGGAUUGAACAAUUAAGAAUGAAAUGGCCCAUAAGUUUUGGUGGGUCAUAA